AUCGUAUAUUGUUACUUGACCCAUAGCAGAGACUAUUCAAGGAUAUCAACCAACUUCCUGGUGAGAUAGACCAAUACUAUACAACCUCUGCUUCAGAACACGAUAGUCACCGAAUGUAAUUGAUUGACCUGAUCAAUAAGUUGAGUUUUCAAACAAACCCGUUUUUUUUAUUUUGAAAUGCAGUAACCGGAUAUGUGGCGUGUUCGGUUCAGGAGGUUCAGUUGCAACUCAGCUGUUUGUAUGGUGACAUUAAGAGCAUCAGAAUAAACCGAACUAAACAGAGCAUCCGUGUGUUUCUGGACUGAAACGUGUCUUCUUGGACGACUUUUGACCGACACUCGGAGGUGAACAGCCGCAUUUUUAUCUUGAGUUUGUAAGAAUGUCAAAGCAGCACAGAAGAUUUCAGUCGAACUGAGAGGAGGAAGAGGAAGGCUGGAAGACGUUGGUGAUGGAGCGCGCUCACAGCCUCCUGCUGAACGAGGAGGCGUGCAGUCAGCUGGGCGAACAUCAGAGGGCAGAGUUCAUCUUUGAAUGGCUCAACCACCUGAAGAAGCUGCUUCCUGUCACCGACAGGGCCGACAUCAGACAGAACCAGCGCCGUCUGACCGACCAGCUGUCGGCCGUUCUGAUUGGCUCCCCCGGCCCGCCGAGCCGCUGGCUGCUGGCCCACUGCUUAGCCCUUCUCUUUCGCGUGGGAGACCCCGUUCCUUCCAGCCUAUUGGUGGAGAGGUGCAAUGACAUCAUCCGCAGCAAAGACGAUUCUCCGUCAGGCCUUCCGACUCGGCUGGCAGCCAUCGCAUGUCUUGGUGCUCUGUUUGAGCAGCUCGGUCGGAUCCUCGUCGGCUCCUUCAAAGACACUCUGGCCAAUCUGCUGAAGGCCAUGAAGAGCGCUGAGUCUCAGGGUCGCUAUGAGAUCAUGCUGAGCUUGGAGAAGAUCCUGCAAGGUUUGGGCGUCAGCGCCGUGCCAGGUCACCGCGACGUGUACAAGGUGGCGAGGACGUGUCUGACGGACCGCUCCAUGGCCGUGCGCUGUGCAGCUGCCACGUGUCUGCUGGAGCUGCAGAGGGAGGCAGCGUUCCUGUGGACCAGCGAGUUGGAAAACGUUUCCACUCUGUGCUUCAGAGCCUUCGAAGGUUCCAACUACAACGUGCGAGUGUCUGUUGCCAAACUACUGGGAACUCUGCUGGCGGCUGCUGUGGAGCCCAGACAGCCCACUGCAGCCCCCAGACAGGGUGGGCGGGGCCGAAGCUCCCUGGAGGAGGUGAUGGAUUUGUUGUCAGGGGGGUUCCUGCGGGGCGGGGCCGGUUUCCUCCGAGCCAGUGGAGACAUGCUGAAGGGGACGAGCUCCGUUGGCAAGGACGUCCGAAUCGGAGUCACACAGGCCUGCGUGGUCUUUGUCUCCACUCUGGGUGGCACCUGGUUGGAGACAAACUUCCAGGCCUUCCUGUCCCUGCUGAUGGAGCUGGCGUCCCAUAGCAGGGCCACACAAACGCCAGGCGAUGCCACGGUGACCCGCCGCUGCGUCUCCUUCAUCCUGAGGAGCACCCUGGGGUCUCUGCUGGGAGAGAAGGCUCAGACCAACGCUGCCAAACAGCUGUGCCUCGCUGUGGCCACACAGAAACGAGCCAUCGAUGCAGCUCUGACUGAUGGAAAUGUGGAGACCAGAGUUUGGUCUGCAGACGUCUCAGCCAGUCAGCAUGUGUUGGUCUGCUGCCUGCUGGAACUGGGAGGACUCAUACAGGGACUGAGAUCCACCGCCGCCCCCCUCCUCACUGACAGCAGCACAGCCCUCCUGGACACGGUGAUCUCCAUCCUCCUCCAUCCUGCCGCCUCUGCCCGGCUGGCUGCCGCCUGGUGCCUGCGCUGCAUUGCCGUGGCGAUGCCGUCCCAGGGUUCCUUGCUGCUGGAUCACUGUGCUGAGCGGUUGGUGGCUCUGAAGUCUUCCCCUGAAGCUGUAGCCGGCUAUGGAGCUGCUGUCGCCGCCCUGGUGGCUGCAGUGCAGCACUGCCCUCUGGGAAUACCACACACCAAAGGGAUGCUGGUGCUGGGUCUGGCUGAAGACCUGCUGCGUUCAGCCUCUCAGAACAGUCGCAUGUCUCUGCAGAGGACUCAGGCUGGCUGGCUGCUCAUCUCCUCGCUCAUCACUUUAGGUCCAGCUGUCAUAGAGCACCACCUGUCCCGUCUCCUCCGGCUGUGGCGGUGCGUGUUUCCGGCUUCGCUCAGAGAGCAGGAGAUGGAGCUGCGACGAGGGGACUACUUUACGUGGCAGGUUACGCUAGAAGGACGUUCCGGGGCGCUCUGUGCGAUGAAGAACCUGCUGCUGCACUGCAGGGAGCUCGUCACCGAUGACAUCAUCAGCCAUCUGCUCACGCCAUUGGCCUGCGCUGUGACCCUGCUCACUAAGUUGCCUGCUCUCCUCAGGUCUUACAGCACUUCAGUUCGUGGAUUUUCCGUGGUCUACAGACUGCGAGUGUACGAGCUGCUCGCUCUGCUGCCUCCACACAGCUACCAAGAGAGUUUCGGUUUGGUGAUGAACCAGCUGGUGACUGAUCUGUCCGGUCAGGACAACCUGAACCAGCCGUGUUCAGAGCUCACCCUGCUGCCUCCGCUCUGUCACCGUGACGACCUGCCACUUGUCGGCCCCGCCCUGCUUGAUACCGACCACAGAUACAUUGAGGAACAGCUCCAUGGCAGCAGUGUGGGAGGAGACUCUCUGGACAACGACUCCUUCAGGCUGUGUGAGAGGACUGAUGAAGCUCCUGCUGCUCUUCCUCCUCCUGUCGCGCUGACCGCUGCUGCUGUCCGUCUCUUCGGAGUGCUCUUCCCGCACAUCAUCUCCGCUCAGAGAGUGAAGAUAUUGGAGCAGUUUGUGGAAACAGUGAAUCAGCUGAAGGGUCAACGUCAACAGACUGUCCAGACGCACGUCUGUGCUGCCCUCUGCAGUCUGCUCAAGCACCAGGCCGGGUUUAGGGGGUCUCUGGGGCCAGAGGAAGUGCGUUCCCCAGCGUUGUCCCUCCUGUCGGGGGCGCUGGAGAGCGUCAGUCCUUUGCUGCGCUGCCUGGCUGGCGAAGGUCUGGCUCGGCUGGUUCAGGUGGUCGGAGACCCCGGCUUCACCGUCUCCGUCUGCCUGCUCUGCUUUGACAGGCUGAAGACGGCUCGGGACGCGGCGUCUCGCAGUGGCUAUGCUCUGGCUCUGGGGGCGCUGCACCGCUACUCCGGAGGAAUCAGCUCACCUCAACACCUGUCCACCUGCCUGGGAGUCCUGUUCACUCUGAGCCAGGACAGCACCUCUCCUGAGGUCCAGACCUGGUCUCUCCACAGUCUGUCUCUGGUGGUGGACCUGUCCAGCGGUCUGUACCGUGCGCACGCCGAGCCGUCCUUCACUCUGGUGCUCCGGCUGUUGCUGUCGGCUCCGCCCACCCACCCUGAGGUGCAUCACAGCCUGGGACGCUGCCUGCACGCGCUCAUCACCUGCCUGGGCCCCGACCUCCAAGGUGCAGCCGCGUCCGGUCUGCGCUCCAGCUGUCUGGUCGGAUGUGGAGUGAUGCAGGCCGGUUCAGACUGUGUGGUUCAGGCCAGAGCCAUUUCCUGUCUGCAGCAGCUGCACAUGUUCUCACCCCCGCAUGUGGACCUGUCUAGCCUCGUGCCUGCACUGUGUGAGAUCUUGUUGGAUUAUUCCAAGUUGGCCCACCUGUGCAGCUCCUACCUGUGUCUGCGUCGGGCCGUGGUGGCGUGUCUGCGGCAGCUCGUCCAGCGUGAGGCUCUGGAGGUUUGUGGACACGCCGUGACUCUGGUCAAAGAGCUGCCCAGGCGAGACAACACACAGCUGGAUGUCACCAUAAAGGAGGUGGGUCUGGAAGGAGCUCUGUUCACUCUGUUGGACCGCGAGUCUGAUCCAGGUCUGAGGAGGGACAUCCAGGAGACUCUGGUCCACAUGAUGGCGUCCAGCGCCACCAGUGGCAAACUGGGACACUGGCUCAAACUCUGCAAGGACGUCCUGUCCGCAACCACGGACUGUCGGGCUCCGGUGGAGGCGAGUCAGGAGGACGAGGAGGCGGACCCCGCCAAAGACGACGACUCCUCUGCUUUCAGAGCCCGGUCGGAGUCCGGCGGGCCGUUCACGGCCCUGCGCUGGGCCACGCGCCGCUUUGCCAUGGAGUGUGUGUGUCGCAUCAUCGCUCAGUGUGAGACCGCAGACCCAGCUCACUUCGACAUGGCUCUGGCUCAGGAGCGACGCCUGCACGAGUCCACUGACUUCCUGGUCCUCCAUCUUGGCGAGUUGGUCCGCAUGGCGUUCAUGGCGGCCACAGACCACAGUGACCAGCUGCGGCUAGCGGGUCUCCAGACCCUACUGGUCAUCAUCAGACGCUUCUCAGCCGUUCCUGAACCGGAGUUCCCAGGUCAUGUGAUACUGGAGCAGUACCAGGCCAACGUUGGAGCUGCUCUCAGACCAGCCUUCGCUGCUGACGCUCCUCCUGAUGUCACCGCCAAAGCCUGCCAGGUCUGCAGUGCUUGGAUUGCCAGUGGGGUGGUCAGUGACCUCCGUGACCUGCGCCGUGUCCAUCAGCUCCUGGCCUCCUCAUUGGCCAAAGUGCAUGCCGGGAGGGACACAUCCAGCCAGCUGUACAACGAGGCCACUGCUACCAUGGAAACACUGGCCGUCCUGAAGGCCUGGGCCGAGGUUUACAUCGUAGCUGUUCAGAGGAGCACGCAGGAGGGGAGCCCCGCCCAGACCCCUGAGCUGACCAGUUACAGCUCAGGCUCUGAGUCGGGAGGCGCAGGCCUUCUGAGGCUGGUCCAAUCGGAUCUGCCGACACUAAGCCGUCUGUGGUUGGCAGCACUGCAGGACUACGCCCUGCUGACCCUCCCACAGGAGUACGCAUCACAGCUACCUGCAACAGGAGGUUCUUUGUACACAGCAGAGACUGCAAACCAGGCCAGAGCCCAUUACUCCUCCUCCUGGGCUCCCAUCCUCCACGCCACCUCCCUCUGGCUCCACAGCACUGGUUUUGUGAUGUCAGAUGACACACCUGCCACCCUGUCCAGACCCGCCACGCCCACCUCCAUGGGACACACUGGAUCCAGAAGUCCAGAGGACGUCAACACUGACAGACUGCAUCUCAUACUGGGGAUCAGUGUGGAGUUCCUGUGUUCCCCGCACUCUGAGGACCAGAUGGAGAACAUCACCUCCUGUCUGCAGGCUCUGCAGGCACUGCUGGAUGUCUCCUGGCCCCGAGCCAAGUUUGGAAACGACCAGGCUCUGAGCGUGGAGCUGCUCAGUGUUCUGCACAGGCUGAUGGUGACCAGAGAGUCGGCGUCCGUUCAGCUCGCCGUGUUGGAUUUACUGCGACAGGUUGUGUCGGCCGCUCAGGAGCACAUCAGAGAGAAACGCCACAGUGCUGAGGUGGACGACGGGGCUGCAGAGAAGGAGACGCUGCCGGAGUUUGGCGAGGGGCGGGACACCGGCGGUUUGAUUCCUGGACGCUCGCUGGUGUUUGGAGCGCUGGAGCUCUGCCUCUGCGUACUGGUCCGGAAACUUCCACAGCUCAGCCCCAAACUGGCCGGAACCAGCCCAACUGGUCCGGGAGGUUCGGUCUGGAUUUUGUCUGACGGUGACUGUCGGCUGGUGUCGUCAGCUCUGCUCGUCCUCUCCGAACUGCCGUCCGUCUGCUCCCCCGAAGGCAGCGUGUCCGUUCUUCCCACUGUCCUCUACUUGCUGCUGGGUGUCUUUCGAGAGCUGGUCCACCUGCCCAGCACGCACUCUGUCGCCCCGGGGGUGGACUCGGCGGGAGGUGCCGGUCUGGGUUCAGUCGUCCAGUCGGCUCUUCAGUCUCUGAAGUCCGUCGUGACGUGUCCGAUGAGCCGACAGGAGAAGAGCCGGGGAGCCUGGAAGCUGCUGCUGAGAUCAGCUCUGACUACUCUGCUGGGCCUCUGGGACACUGGUGGUGUCGUAGAUCAGGUCAGUCUGCUCACAGCUCUGACCGUGUUCCUGCUGUCUGCUGGUCCUGAUGUCUGCACUGUGGAGCCACUGCACACGGUCUGUCUGCAGCGCUUCAUCGCCAGCAUGGACGCCAAAGACCCGCUGGUUGUGCGUCGGUGUCAUCAGCUGUUGACGUCGGUGUUUCAGGCUCCGCCCGCCGUGGCCGUCCCGUACAUCCAGGCGCUCGGACCGCCGCUGCUUGGAUUCCUCCAGAAGGUGGAGAGGAGUCGUCCUCAGAGUCAGGAGGAGCUGAUGGGAGUCCUGGAGGGAGUGCGUGCCAUGGAGGCUCUGGUCCAGGCUGCAGAGGAGUCACAGCGUGCUCAGCUGGUGGCCGUCUUGUUGCCCAUCCUCAUCUCCUUCCUGCUGGAUGAAAACGCACUGGGUUCCGCCCCCGCGACGUCCCGCUCUCUCCAUGAGGCGGCGCUCAAAGACCUGAUGCGUCUGGGCCCCCAGCACUCGGCCGUCUUCAGGUCACUCAUCGCAUCGUCUCCUCACCUGAAGUCUCGCCUUGAAGCUGCCGUCAAAGGAAACCAGGAGAGUCUGAACGCUAAAGCUAGCAGCGCUAACACCGCCACCCACAGCACUGCCAAGUCCUCCCCCAGCAUCACGCUCAAAACCAACUUCCUGUGAGAUGACUCACCAUGACAACACUCGUGUGGCGUUCACUGUCCGCUGUCUGUAACGAUACUGCUGUUGCCCGCAGUCUAAUGGGGAAUGUGGGCAUGCCGCCAUGUUGGAGGGCUGACAGCAGACAGGGGAAAUCAAGCCCUGUUAUGACAUCACUUCCUCUUACACAAACGCUGUUCGGAUGCUUUAAUGUUCAGACGACGAUCUCUGAUGUGACAUGACUCAUCCAACGUGGCGGUGUGUUCCUCUGGUUAGACGCGUCUCCGUAUAUGCAGCAUGUUCACUUUAUCAUCUGUCAGUCAUUAAAGAACCACACCUGCUGAUUAUAAUGUUUAGAUGUAGAUUGAUGUCACUUCCUGUCUGUGAAAAUCGACGUACAGACAGAAAAUCCGUCAGUCAACAAGUGGUGCCUCAGCUGUUGGAAACCCACACAUCUGAGCGUCCUUGAACGCACCACGUUACCACCUGUUCGAAACCGAGUAAACGCUGAGACGACAGGCAACCGAAAACAAACCUUUUGGUGAAAUAAAAGUGAGUUUAACUGAGCGGAUGCUGACAAGUUCCAACCAUCGAGGCUCAGCCGGGGAUCAAAGCGACUGAUAAGAUGCUGAUGUCAUCAGUUUAUCAGGAUCUCUGUGAGGUUACAGAAGCAUACUGACAGAACACACUGUAACGUCAAGCCGACCUUAGUAGAACAAACUAAUCGUUAUUAUCUGUGAUUGAUUAUUUUCUCCGUGAAUCAGCUAAUCGUUGACAGGAAAGGGAAGUGAAAGGGGUGAACUGAUCUCAGACCGACUUGAGAUGAUUCGUCGAUAAGCAGAAUGGAUCUUUUCACGUCAGAAUAUUUUUCAUGUUUAAUGUCUUCUAGGUCACCAGCUUUCAGUGCAGUCAUGAGUUCACAUCACAUCCGAUCUGAUGAAUAUGAAACAUAUUUGCUUCAGAAGGUUGUGAAUCCACUUCAGUCUCAAAGGGAAACACUGAAGGUUUUCAUCCCAAAAUCAGACGUUUUGCUUUUGGUUUACACGAUAAAAAAUAUGAUUUUACUGUAAGUCUUGUAAAAUGCAAAACUAAAAAAGAUUUUUUAAAUAUUAAAGUCUUCCUUUUAAUUAUCAGGUCAGACUUUAGGCCGCUGGCAUCAUGUUGGUUUGUAGUUUUGUGUUGAAAACCUUUUUGUGCGUGAGACUCAGGAGGAAACGCAGACUUCAGAUCAGUCAGAGUGAACAGACCUGAGUCAGACGGCUUCGACUGGCUGACCUCAGUUUAACUCGGAGAAGACUUGAAGAACAACUUUUUGAACUCACAGGCGUGAUUAAUUUCACACUUAAUCGUUAAGGCUACAAAUAUGUCAGAAAAACCCCAUCAGUUCCUCAGAGCUCCAAGUGACGCCUUCAGAGGUUUCCUUUGUCCAACCAUCAGUCCAAAACCCAGAGACUCUUCAGUCAUUGCGACAACUGACAAAGAAAAGCAGCAGAUCCUGACAUUGAAGAAGCUUGAAGCAGCACGUUUGACUGAAAUGAGGUCUGAAAUGGGACAGCAUGACGCAGGGACUCACCUUCUCGUGAUCGUGUGUUCGCUCCAGCUCCAAAUAAAAAACACGCAGUCUGUGCCGUUUGAUUAGUUCUGUCAGUGAAAUAUUCACAGGCUUUUAUUUUGAAAUAACCAUCGUGUCUGUGCAUCCACAACUUGAGCAGGAAAACAACCUGUUGUUAGUAGAACAAGCUGUACCACUAACUCUGAAUGGAGGUCAAAGGUCACAGGACAUGUAGCAGAAAGCAAGAGAGAGGAAGAGGAUUUUAUUUUUUAGUAAAAUGUUGAUUGUUUCAUAUCUGAAAACUCUCCGAUUGUUAUGUUAUUGUUAUGUUAUUGUUAUGUAAGGGACAAUUUAGUCAUCAGCACUUUAGUGUGAUGACAUCACAACCACAUGAUGUUUCCUCACGGUGUCGCAGGCCGGGACUUCAAAGAAUGUGACUGCAGUUGCUUUCACAGGACUUUUGUGGGCUAAAUGUGAGUGAAAAUCACUAAAGGUUUACCUUCAGUAAGGAGGUAAAGCAGGUGAGUCGUGUGCUUCCAGCUUCAGCGGCUUGGCCCUGAUUCACAGUGUGUGAGCUCACCUGGCCGACUGCUUUGUGACCUGUACAGGUGUGACCUGUACCUGAACAGAUGAGUUAACCUGUUGUUUUCUAAUGCCGGCGAGCCAAUAAAACCUGUUGCUCUUUCA